CGAAACAUAAAAAAACUAACUGGAAGGGAUCCACUUGCACAAAGAGUGGCCCCACCCAGAAGGGUGCCAGCUGGCGUAGGUUUUGGCAGGGGAGCCCCUCUCGGUAGAUUUCUUGCGCAGCGACGGGAAGCAGCCCCAAUUGGACCCCCACCUCCCAAACGUCGCCCAGGAGUCAUCUUCAGCCGGCUAGGGCCACGCUCAGGAGGGGGGCGAAUUUCACUUGGACAGGAUAGUGGGGAUGAGGAUGAACUUCCACACAAGCCCACUGUCCAGUCUUCCAUCGUGGUUACCCAGCCAGAACCUCGCUCAAAGCAAGAGGUAAUAGACAAACAGAACACAAUUGACACCAGAGGCAAGGACAGGAAUCGUCGAAUGUUUGGUCUACUACUUGGCACCCUUCAGAAGUUUAAGCAUGAAGCCACAGCUCAUGAAAAUGUGGAGAAAGUGCAGCGUCGGCAGGUUAUCGAGAAGAAGCUGGAAGAGCAUCAGAAGCAGGAGAAGGAGGAUGCUCGAAAAGAGCGGGCUGGGCUGUGGCUGGCGCGGCGUGAGAAGCAGCGUAACAUCCGCAGGCUGGAGCAGAAGAUGGAGCUUGUGAAGAUGUUUGAGCAAUGGGAAGAGCAGAAACGACAGCUGAUGAAGUUUGUGCAGACCAAGAGCAAGCCACACCUGUUUUACAAAGCUAAAACCUCUCACCCUGUACUCACCUUGCGACAGAAAGACACUACCCAGAAAAUAGAAGAUCUCAUAGCUGUGCGUAAGAAGGAACUGGAGGAGGAGCUGGGCCGUCUGGACGGGAUACUUCCGGACGACGACGAGGAGGCUGAUGAGGGGGAAGAAGUGGAGGCCGGACAGGAAGACCACAUGGAGGUCGACAUUGCGAAGGAGGCCCACGGCGGCAAAUCGGAGCAGCAGGAAAUGGAGGAGGAAGUGCAGGAUAACAAAGAAAAUUCGGAGGAAAGAAGUGUCAGCGAUGAAGCUGAGGCUGAGAGGGAGGUGGUUCAGAAUACAGGUAACGAGGGAGCGGGCGUUGGGGACGGGGCGGGUGAUAGCGACGCCGACGACGGCAAGGUAGUUGCAGGGGCGUGGGGCGAGGGAGACAGUAAGAUGGAUGUCGACGGCGACGAGGGGUGUAUGAACGGUGAUGACAACGAUGGUGACGCGAGAGAGAGCGGCGCACGGCGGGGCGCCGAUGCCUCCGUCGACAGCGUGCUCGACGGGGAGGCAGCUCGGGGGGAGGGAGCCGAGGGCGGGAGUCGGCACCGGCGCAGUAAGCGCGCGUCGAGAGAGGCGGCAGAGGAGGAGGAGGAGGAGCGGCUGCUGCGCGAACUCGCAGCGCGGCAGGCUGAGGAGCAGCACCUCAACCGACAGCUGCAGGAGCGGGCCGAGGCAGCGAGGGGUCAGACCGAGGCAGCGAGGGCUGAGACCGAGGUGGGGAGGGGUCAGACCGAGGCGGCCACCGGCGUGCCGGACGCAGGCCAGCAGGACGCGACGGAGCACAUCGCGGCGACGGCGGGUGAGCGGGUGGGAGAGGACGUAGGAGAUGGCGUGCCGGGGGAGGAGGGCGAGCCGGCUGCGGGGGCCACGGUGUUCGCACACUCGGGCCAAACGUCGUCAUCUUUCGGUGAGACGGAGGGCGUGCAGGGGUCAACAAUAGCGGGGACCGUAACGGGGAGCGUAGCGGGGAGCGUAGCGAGUAGGAGCAUCGAGUUGGCGCAAGGCGGGCAGGAUUUGAAAGGAACAAGGGAUGAGAUGUCGGAGAGCGAGAAGAAAGUAGUCGAGCAUGUGGUGAAGGCCGAGAAAGAUGAUGGUAGAGUGGGUAGCGAUGAGGACGAGAAGGUCUCGUCCAAGAGAACGAGGGAGAAGGCAGAUAGGAGGAGCAGCAGAUCAGAGAGGUCGCACAACCGAAGAAGCCGGGAGAGAAGUAAGGGCAGUCGGACGCCCGAGCGCGGUAGGAGAAGGAGGUCCCCAGAGAUGGGCGCGGAUGGAAAGAUGUCCGACAAAGGCAAGAACAAAAGUAAGGACAAACGAAAUACUGGGGAGACUAGAGACAGGACACCUGACAAAAAACGGGACAGGACGCCGGACAAAAAACGUGACAAGACGCCGGACAAAAAACGGGACAGGACGCCGGACAAAAAACGUGACAAGACGCCGGACAAAAAACGUGACAGGACGCCGGACAAAAAACGUGACAGGACGCCAGACAAAAAACGUGACAGGACACCUGAUAAAGGUAGGGACAAAAAGAUGCCCUUAAAGAGUCGAGAACGAAGGAGAAGCGCGGAUAGGCGGGGGGAAGCACGCAAGCGUAGCAGGAGCGCUGGCAGAGACAGGAGGAGUGGAAGCAGGGGCCGGGGGAGGAGCCCGAGGAAGGGCAAUGCAGAGAGGGAGGGGCGGCCGAGCCGCGACCAAGGCGGGAGGGGGGACAAGGGCUCCUCUUCGAGGCGGAAGAGCACGGAGAGGCGGCGGGGUUCCCCGGUGCGCGGCGGCGCAGGUGGAAGGCGGAAGGGUUCGUCGUCACCGGCAAAGCCGCGUGCGCGUUCCCGCAGCAGCAGCAGCAGUAGCGGCAGCAGUAGCAGCAGCGGCAGCUCGUCCCGCAGUUCGAGCAGCAGCAGCAGUGGGUCCACCUCUGGAGCAAGCGACGGCGAGCGCGUGAUCACGGUGCUCGGCUCCACCGUGCCCGUGCCGAUGACGCGGCGAGACUUUGACAGCGCAGCAGGCGGCGACCGGGACUGGGAGAGAGACAGAAAGAGGCGGUAGACACAGCGUAGGGGCAAGAGAGGAAGCGGUGGUAAGCACGGUGUAGAAGAAAGAAAGAAAGCGGAGGUAGGCACGGCGUAGGAGCGAGAAAGGAAGCAGAGGUAGGCAUGGCGUAGGAAAGAGAAAGGAAGCGGAGGUAGGCACGGCGUAGGAG